AUCCGCACCAUGUACCUGGGGAUCCAGAGCCAGCGGCGGAAGGAACACCAGCGACGCUUCUACUGGGCUAUGAUGUACGAAUAUGCAGACGUCAACAUGCUGCGCCUCCUCGAGACCUUCCUGGAGAGCGCCCCCCAACUGGUGCUACAGCUCUGCAUAAUGAUCCAGAAGAACAGCGCCGAGACGCUGCCCUGUGUCUCCUCUGUGACUUCCCUGCUGUCCCUGGCUUGGGUGCUAGCCUCCUAUCACAAGCUGCUGCGGGACUCCAGGGACGACAAGAAGAGCAUGAGCUACCGAGGGGCCCUCGUCCACCUCUUCUGGCGCCUCUUCACCAUCUCAUCCCGAGUGAUCUCUUUUGCCCUCUUUGCUUCCAUCUUCCAGCUCUACUUUGGGAUCUUCGUGGUGGUCCACUGGUGUGCCAUGGCCUUCUGGAUCAUCCAUGGCGGAACAGACUUCUGCAUGUCCAAGUGGGAGGAGAUCCUCUUCAACAUGGUGGUAGGGAUCGUGUACAUUUUCUGCUGGUUUAACGUCAAGGAAGGGCGGACUCGAUAUCGAAUGUUUGCAUAUUACACGAUAGUCUUGACUGAGAAUGCUGCCUUGACGUUCCUUUGGUAUUUUUACAGAGACCCGGAGACCACUGACUCCUAUGCGGUGCCAGCACUGUGUUGUGUCUUUAUUAGCUUUGUGGCUGGGAUUGCAUUGAUGCUCUUAUACUAUGGUGUGCUGCAUCCCAUGGGGCCGCGAGCUAAGAUCCUUGCCAGCUCCUGUUGUGCCGAGCUGCUCUGGGGCAUCCCUUUGCCCCCCGAUGUUGAGCCCAUGGCGCCUCCAACCCCUGGGUACCGGGGGACCCAGGUCACGCCCACCAGAGCCGUAACGGAACAACAGGAGGAUCUCACAGCUGACACUUGCUUGCCUGUUUUCCAAGUGAGACCCAUGGAGCCCUCUAUCCCACCGGGGCGACCUUACUACCCAGAAGGGCCCCUCAUUAAGAUUGACAUGCCAAGAAAGAGGUACCCAGCUUGGGAUGCUCACUUUGUAGACAGGAGGCUAAGGAGGACUAUUAACAUUCUGCAGUAUGUCACCCCCACUGCGGUAGGCAUUCGCUAUCGAGAUGGACCGCUCCUCUAUGAGUUGCUACAGUAUGAGUCUUCGCUCUAAGAGCAUCUUGACCCAAAUUGAGAAGGGGACCUUAAGUUUGGUUGCGGUGACCACCGCCUGCAAGAAAUAUAGCCCUCCCUUCCCCCAAUACACUGAACCACCACCACCACCACCGCCACCACCACCACCAACACCACCACUACAAAAAAAAAAUAAUAAUAAUAACGAGUCACAACCCCUUCAGAUAAGCUUUCUUUCCAGUCGCUGUAUGUAUACAAAGAUAUUCUCUAUGUUUUGUAAGUAAAAACAAAAAGAAAACCUUUCUUUUGUUUUUUACACAUAAGAAACAGUAUUGAAAAAUCCCACACUAUGUUCAUAGGGUGGAGAAGGAGGAGAUGUCUCCGCUCCAAAAGAACAAAAAAGUUUUAUACCUUACACCAGUGUAGAUCAUUUAUGGGAUUGGUGCUGAUUGAAAGAACAAAACAAAACAAAACAAAUCAAACACAAACAAACAAACAAAAAACCUUCAACUGCCUUAUGCCCUUAGGUGCUGAGUUUCAUUAAGUACUGUCACGUUUUCUCAUGCAAAACUCCCUGGUGAUUUUUGCACCAGGAGAGAGAAAAUUAAACAAUCAAAUGAAACAAAUCUAGAAACGAAGAAAUGAAAACCAACCUACAAACACAACACGAAGCAAUCCUUCUUCCUAUCUGAUUAUUUGUAUUGAAGAAAACAAAUUUACAAAAAGCAGAGGCGUAGAAACCCAUCCCUCUUUUCCAUGUCUCUCUCUCCUCCUCUGUCCCUCCCCCUCUUCCCAGAGCCUUCUAGGAGCUAAAGGGCUGUUUGAAACUCAAAUGGCUGGAAAAGCUACUUGAAGGCUGACUAUGUGCCAUUGUAGCAAUUCGCCUAGCGAAAAAUCACAUUUGUUUCCUGGUGAAAAGCCAAACAACAAAACAAAAAGCACCCCAUUAAUUCGGCAAGGACAGGAAAUUCUAAAGCAAAUUAAAGGAGAUUCCGUAUGUGUAAUCAAAAGAGAAUCAGUAAUAAUAAAACUCAGCAUAGUAGCAAAAA